AUGAAUCACAACACCAACAUCCACUUUGGGAACCGGACACUGAUCCCACACGAUCUCCACGGCCGGAGUUACCAAGACCCAGCCGUAAGCAUCGUGCCACAUCCGUUCCCUCCCAACCGCGCUCAUCCGACGUUUGAAGGACCUAGCCGAGACGAGCAUCAUUACCAUCAUCAUCAAAACCGACCUCCGGUUUAUCAUCAACCACCUAGACCAGUGUUGCAUUCACACCACGACCAUGUUCUCAAUAGGCGGAGAGAUAGCAUUUCGAUGCCGUGCUUGAGGGUUUCAUGGAGAGCCAAAGAAAACUAG